AGUUGCAAAAGGAAAGAAGAGAGGGAGAAGAGAAGGGAUUCGGCGAGGGAGAUUGGGAGAGAGCAUCAGCUGGCUAGUCGGAGAGGUGUGGCCGCGAGGCUCUGCUCCACCGCCGCCGCUGCACCGGCUCUGCUCCGCCGCCGCUGCCCGUAGGAGGACAACCAGCGUGAGGAACGGGAAGGAAAAAAAAGAAAAAGAAGCCGAGUCGGAACGGGGGGGCAACUUAACAGAAAGCAACAACCACGAAAUUUCCCGUUCUACGCAAGAGACAAAGACGAGCCCCUGAAUCCUCCUGAUCCCCCGCACCCCGAUUAUUAUUCCUCAAUUCCGUCUUGCAAUCGAUCCAAAUCGAUUCCAAAUCCAAGCAAAGCUACCAGCUUUUUGGUCGGAGAAGACCAUCCUUGGUCGGAGAUGAAGAAGAUCUUCGGCGCCAAGAAGAACCAGGACCCGCCGCCGUCCAUCCAGGACGCCACCGAUCGAAUAUACAAGAGGGGCGACACGGUCGACGAGAAGAUCAAGAAGCUCGACGCGGAGCUGGCACGCUACAAGGACCAGAUCAAGAAGACCAGGCCCGGGCCCGCGCAGGAGGCCGUCAAGGCGCGCGCCAUGAGGGUCCUCAAGCAGCGAAAGAUGUAUGAAGGUCAACGUGACAUGCUGUACAACCAAACAUAUAAUCUUGAUCAAGUUGCUUUUGCUUCAGAGGGAAUUAAAGAUGCUCAACAGACUAUGACUGCAAUGAAGGCUGCCAAUAAAGAGCUUAAAGGAAUGAUGAAAACUGUCAAGAUUGAAGAUAUUGAUAGCAUGCAAGACGAGAUGAUGGAUCUUAUGGAUGUGAGUAAUGAAAUACAAGAAACUCUUGGCAGAAGCUACAAUGUCCCAGAUGACAUUGACGAGGAAGAACUUAUGGGGGAGCUUGAUGCUUUGGAAGCUGACAUGGACUUUGAAUCAAGUUCAGUCCCAUCUUACCUUCAACCAGACAAGGAGACCGAUCUAGAUUCCGAGCUUAACUUACCUGCUGCACCAAGUGGUCAUGCAGCAGUUCCACCAAACCGGCAGCAGGAGGACGAGCUGGGACUUCCUACAGUGCCGAACGCAUCAAUUCGUAGCUGAAGCUGACAAACUACUAUACGGUGUAGGGUUGAUCUCUAUGUAAAUUUUGUGCAUGGACAAGAAAGAAAUCAGUGUAUCUUUACAAUUUGUCAAACGAUGGAAUAUCUCUUGGUCAUUGUUGUUCCUUCAUGACAUUUAGAAGACGACAUUGUAAAUCCCAUCCUGUUUUCAUAUCGUGUUCCGGAAUAAUAAUGAGUGAUAAAAGGGGGCUGUUGUCUACA